GCUGAAUGUCAGCAGAAUUCAUCCCCAGAUGCCUCAGCUCAGAAUUGGGUAUGCGUAGUAAAUAACAAAAGGAAGAACUGUAGCAAGCUGAUAUCUUUCUGAAGACUUGCAAAACCUGAGAAGCUAGCCUAUUUAAAACAGGAAGCUGUGCUGUUUACUACCUGACUGGUGCAUAUGAUCAAAUGUUAUCUCCGUUUUAUCGUCAGUGAGACCUAAGCUACUACUGGACUCAAAAGGGGCUUAGCAAAAAUCACCAGAGAGAAGUGAAAUGGCAUUCCACAUAGAUGAAACCAAGACUGUGGUUGAAAGCUUUGAGACAACACCCUAUGAAUAUGACUGGGCAACACCCUGUGAAAAAGUCAGCAUCAAAAAGUUGGGGUCAUGGCUCCUGCCUCCACUGUACUCCCUGGUGUUCAUCAUUGGCCUCCUGGGCAACAUGGUGGUUGUGUUGAUCCUCAUAAAGUACAGGAAGCUUCAAAUUAUGACUAAUAUCUACCUCCUCAACUUGGCAGUUUCUGACCUGCUCUUUCUCUUCACCGUUCCAUUCUGGAUUCACUAUGUUAUGCGGAAUGAAUGGAGUUUUGGCCAUCACAUGUGUAAACUAAUCACUGGGUUUUAUUACCUUGCCUUGUACAGUGAGAUCUUUUUCAUCAUCCUGCUGACAAUUGACAGGUACCUGGCCAUUGUCCAUGCUGUGUUUGCUCUUAGAGCCCGGACUGUGACGUUUGCUAUCAUCACCAGCAUCAUCACUUGGGGACUGGCAGGGUUGGCAGCAUUGCCUGAAUUUAUCUUCCAUGAGUCCCAAAACAUCUUCGGAGAACAUUUCUGUGGUCCUCAUUAUCCAGAGGAUGAAGAAGACAGCUGGAAGCGUUUCCAUGCUCUGAGAAUGAAUAUCUUUGGUCUAGCUCUCCCUCUACUCAUUAUGGUCAUCUGCUACUCAGGAAUCAUUAAAACUCUGCUGAGAUGCCCCAAUAAAAAAAAGCACAAGGCCAUUCGGCUUAUUUUUGUUGUCAUGAUAGUCUUUUUUAUUUUUUGGACCCCAUACAACCUGGUUCUCCUUCUCUCUGCUUUUCACAGCACAUUUUUGGAGAACAGCUGUCAACAGAGCAAACACCUGGACCUGGCCAUGCAGGUGACCGAGGUGAUUGCCUAUACCCACUGCUGUGUCAACCCAGUCAUUUAUGCCUUUGUUGGCGAAAGGUUCCGGAAACACCUGCGGCUCUUUUUCCACAGACAUGUGGCAAUCUACCUGGGGAAAUAUAUUCCAUUCCUUCCUGGUGAGAAAAUGGAAAGAACCAGUUCUGUCUCCCCAUCAACUGGGGAGCAAGAAAUCUCUGUGGUCUUUUAGUUGGGCAGAGAAAACUUGCCCACAUUAUACGAAAUGGAAGAUGAAGCAAAUACAUGAAGUCAGUCGCAAUGACCCCAUUCAUUUGUACUUUCAUGCAGCACUGAUGAUCUCAAAGACAUGGUGUCUUCAGUAUAUCUUCAUGUACCCUGUUGUCAUUACCAGAGGUCAUGUGCUGGCCAGUUGACAAUUCAUCAAACAUGAAAGCAAUAGUUAUUCUUGAGUCUUUGAAUAGUUACAUGUAUUCUGAUUCACUUAACUGUUAAAUACUCUAUUCAGCACAAGUAGGUAGGUUUUUUAAAAAAGUAUUUUAAACUUCUAUUUCAUCUUUUGAUAUGAGUGAAAUGUUUCACAAAAUGCAUUUAUUUCAUUUCCUAACAUAAGUAGUUCCUUCUUCUCUUGUCGAAUGACUUUUUCCUUUUAAUUAUUAUUAUUUGUGUAUGGACAAUUACUGUUUCAGGAUACUGGCUGUCAUAUCUUGUUUGUUAUUCUUAAAAGUCAAGUGAAUUCCUAUUCAUGUGAUUGAGAGUAUCCUGGAAGGAACACAUUGUCCUCCUAAAUGCCAAUUUCACAAUGGGACCAUAUGUAUUGAGGAGUCCAAUUGUGGUACUCUAGUUCAAUUCCUCUUAAACUUGACAUUUUAAAUACGUGAAGGGUGUUUUGACCCAUGGAUAGAUGACUCUUAUUGUAGAAGAAGAGUAAAGAUUUGGAGAUAGACGCCAAGAGUGACAGAUAAAUUAAGUUAGAAGAAAAAAUCCUUUUCUACUUGGCCUCUCAUACCAACAAGAGCACAUGCAAGAAAAGCCCAUAUUACACAGGAGAAAUUGGUGCUAUGCAAAUAACCUCAGAAUGAUCAGAAUUCAUAUGGUACAGUGCUUUUGAAUGCCUGUCUUUUUCUAGAUCAUUAUCCUUCUCCUAUGAAUCUCAGGAAUAUCUUUUUAUCUUUCUUAAUAAACUGCCUCUAUUUCUGUCAUUAUCAAUAUGCUUCUGGUCAGAUUCAUUAUCCUGACAAACAAGACCCUAGAAAUCUCAGGAGGUGCUCUCUGGAUUCAAAUAUAUGCUUAUAACACCACACCAGAGAUUAUGAUUCAUGUUUGAAGAGAGACCUGAGCAUUAACAACAGGUUCCCAGGUGAUGACCAUGAUAUUUAUCACAAGACUACACUUUUAGAACUGUUGUAACUAUGAUACUUUCAGAGACUUGACAACUGAAACUGAAGAUUUCUCAGGUGUUGUGGGAGGGAUGCAUGGGCCCUUUAGAUGUCUGUGAUAAGGUUAUUUGCAAUUAUGGCCAGCCUUUAAGAUACACUAUUCCAUUUGAAACCCAUUAGUGUAGUAGGAACUUCUAGUCUAUCAGUUUUAGCCAGUUGAGCUUUUGAGCUUUCUUGGGUGCUUGUAUUUAGUAUCCUGAACUAGAAGCAGUGAGAGACACAGAAGUGAAUGAGGAAGAAAAACAGUGACUAUGGCUCAGGUUGCUUUCUCUCAUUCCUUUUUUCUCUGUUUAUAGCUUCUUGGGGAAGUAAGUUCUAUGCUUUUUCUCAAUUUGUAUUUGUAGUAUGUUACUUUUUUUCUGAGUAUAGCAUGAUCAUUUCAUAAUUAUUUUGAAGUAGAUUGCUCAAUAGUGAUGCUGUUGGAGCUACUGAUACUCCAUAGUAGGAAGGAAUCUACAGUCACAGGACCCUCAUCUUGGAUUACUCUCUCCUGCCUGAACUUGCACAUGAUCUUGGGAGAUGCUAAAGAUAUAUAAGAAUGGAGUUCCAUGAGGUCAUCAUUCACGACGGGAUGAAACUUUGUGAUGACAUAGCUGUUUGGGAUAACUCUCACUUUUUAAUAAUGCUCUGUAAGUAGGCUCAAUAAACACAUUAGUUUGCUAAUUUCAA